AUGUCCAAUUACACACCAAUUGAGUCUGACGUGGCGUCCACCACGACAGCACCUCCUUCGUACCGAGAACAGGAGAAUGUUGGUGGUGCCACCACCACCACUACCAAUUCUGCUCCUGUGGUGACCUCUCAAGAUCCAAAUGAUUGGUCUUGGGUCAGGAAAAUUAAGGAAAGUUCCCAUCCAUUGGCUUUGACAGUCUAUAUAAUCCUCAGACUCGGACCAAUCUUCAUGUACCUUUUCGGGACGCUUUUCAUUGGUCUUUUCACAAAGGAUAAUAAGUUUAUUCUUCAUUUCAUUUUCAUUGUGUUGUUGAUAUCAGCCGAUUUCUGGAACCUUAAGAACGUAGCUGGUCGUCUUUUGGUUGGGUUACGAUGGUGGAACGAAACCAAUUUUUCCACAGAGGGUGCCACUGCCGGUGAGGUGGAAAAUGUCUGGGUUUUUGAAACCGCCAACCCUGAUCGUUACAUUAAUCCUAUUGAUUCCAAGAUGUUUUGGCUCCUUCUCUACGUACAGCCUGUUCUCUGGGGAGUGUUGGGAAUCUUGGCGGUGCUCAAGUUCCAGUUCUUGUACUUGGUACUCAUUGUUAUUGCCGUUUCCUUGUCAGCCACAAAUGCAGUAGCAUUCACAAAAUGUGAUAGAUUCAGCAAGGCCAACGGGUUGGCUACAGACUUGUUUUCAAGGGCAACCAGCAACGUGUUUGCCAGGAUAAACCCAUUUUCCCAGUAG